ACCCCGCGAAGAUGUGGAAGCAGCUCGGGUGCCCGAUAUUCGCCCUCACCAGGGCUCCAGCAGGCUCCAGUGGAACCAAAAUUCUCACUGCUGGCUUGAAGAAGUUUGUGCUUCCUCCAGAUUACAGCGGCAUCACCAUUCCCGAGAGACCUAAACUGAAAUUUGUUGAGAGAGCUCCAGUUGUGCCCAAGGUCAGGCGAGAGUUCAAGAAUUUACAUGACAUCCGUGGUCCUUCUACAGAAGCCACAGAAUUCACUGAAGGACAAUAUGGUAUACUGGCAUUAGGUGGCGGCUAUCUCCGUUGGGGUCAUUUUGAAAUGAUGCGGUUGACCAUCAAUAGGCACCUGAACCCCAGAACUAUGUUUGCUGUUUGGAGAGCCCCUGCUCCUUACAAGUCCAUCACUCGUAAAGGGCUAGGACAGCGCAUGGGUGGUGGCAAGGGUGCGAUAGACCACUAUGUGACACCGGUGAGGCAUGGCCGUCUCAUAGUGGAAGUGGGUGGGCACUGUGAAUUUGGUGAGGUGAAGCGCUUCCUAACUCAGGUGGCCAAGAAGUUGCCUUUCCCAGCCGAAGCAGUCAGCCGGCAAUCCCUACAAGAGAUGCGGGAGAGGGAAGAGGAGAGGAGGCGUAACAACCAGAAUCCAUGGACCUUUGAACGCAUUGUCACAGCCAACAUGCUUGGAAUAAGGAAAUACGUGAGCCCUCAUGACUUGUACAUGAAAGGUCGCUAUUGGGGAAAGUUCUUUCUGCCUGAUAGAGUAUAAGUAUGGAGUUGUGUGGCUCUUCUCUUCUGGUGCAACAAUUAUCCAAAAGCCUGGUCCUGUAUUCCUUGGCUGUGGCCUUUGUGCAUAACGCAUUGUGUACACCUUUCAAACAGUGGGUGGCUGUACCAUGGAUCUCUACACUUGAAAAGCAAAUAAAUGUGGCAGGUGAUGGGAGUGGUUGUAAUUACACCAAUCUUGGAUUAAUAAACCAAGCAUACUUUCAGUAAAGA